UGGCCGCCGCCGCCACCGUGGAAGGGCCGCCGAAGGGUGGUGUUACGUUGCUGGCACCACCAGCUCCGGUGGCCACGGAACCGCGGUCAGUAACCGCCGGAAGCAGCGAAGCAGCGAUGUCGAUAUCGACGCGCUCGUCGAUGCCGGAAAUGACUCGGAUAUGUCUGGUGGGGCCGGUUGCGCAAGAUGCAACCACGGUGGCGGCCGCGCAAACCUUCCAGCUGCCGGUUGUGACCUCCGACACCGGUGCCGAGUAUCUCGCCACCGACGGCGACGACGACGACGACGACAGCCUCAACACGGUGUUUGUGCUGAACGACUUCGAGGGACCAGUUUACGAUGCGAUCAAUCGCGCCAAGCAACGGAUCCUGGGACCACCGGCCUUACAGCAGGCUGUAAGAUUCAGCGAAGGUCUGACGUGGAACAUCCGUCCCAUCUACAACUACUGUAUGCGGGGCGUCGUCACCUGUUUCACGGGUUUUCGCAAAAAGGAUGAACUGACGAAUAUGAUCGGGUUGAUUCAUUCGAUGGGAGGUUCGGUCCGUGGCGACAUGGGUACUAAGGUGACCCACCUGAUAUGCAACUAUAGUUCUGGUAGAAAAUACCGCUAUGCUACAACUUUCCGGUUGGCCAUCAUUCGCAUGGAUUGGGUGAUGGAGGCUUGGAAAAAUCGGCACGACCCAAAUUUCAGUGCCACAGCCGAGACGUUCAUCAACCAGCACCGGGUCAAGGUUUUCGAGGGCCAUAAGGUGUGCUUCUUCGGGUUCCAGGAGGACGAGCGGCAGCACAUGAUCGAUGUGCUGAAAACGAACGGGGGCAUUCCAACCGAGCUCGACGAUCCCGAGUGUUCGCACGUGGUUAUGCCCAAUGGGGGUGCCCACUUUGUAGAGGCUACCAUGCCUGCCUGCACCAGUUCUCCGACGAAAUCGGGACCACCUGCAACACCGCCGCCGCAAGACCAACUAGAAUUCGAGGGAUUUACCGGAAAGCAGCAGCAGCCGUGUGGAGAAGAAACCAUUGACAGUGGCGAUCAGGAAACGGAUGAUCGACGGGAAGUGCUGCAUACCGGCGGUUGCAAUGUCAUACUUCCGGUGUUGCCGGAAGAAAACGAAUCGGCGGAAGGCAUGGUCGAAGGCAAUCGGUUCGGUCGUCGGCCACGUCACGGUGGUGAGCACCUGAUGAGCGUUGCCGAGAAUGAUAACAAUCAUAAUCAGUUCGCGGAACGGCGCCCAUGUCGGGCAUCGAUUGUAGUAUCCCCUGGGAUGCAGUACAUCGACGAGGAACCGGAGGUGGAAAAUGAAAUUGUCGGAACGAGUGUAACCGCGACAUGUCGGCAAGCGGAUGGAGUUGUGCUGACGUCCGGCGAAGCCAACGAGUUCCUGAACCCGAACAACAUCUCGCCGAUUUUGAAACCGGGUAGCUCUUCGGGUGAAAUGAAGCAGAAAGAUGUCAUCGGCAAGGGCGAAGGGAAGCAGUUGCACCAAAAAGAUGAUGUGGAUGACGACAUCGAUGAUGACGAUAUGGACGAUUACGUUAUCGCCAGUCGGGAGGCGUACAAACGCAGGCGCACCGAGGACAGUUUCGACGAUCAGUCGAUGCUCUCGGUUGACAUAUCGAUCGCGUCCAGUGUCAUGUAUGGCGGUGGUGUGUGCGGCGGUUCGGCCAAAAAGCCAAAAUUGACGCGCACGGGUUCCAUAACCCGCGGUAUAAGGCGCAGCAUGAGCUUUGCAGCGAUAAAAACACCCAUCAAAAGUAUGCUGCGGUCACGCCGUAACUCGGUCGAUCCGAACGCGUCCAUCACGUCGGUCACCUCGAUCGAGACGACGUUCAACGAGUCGAUCAAGAAACCGGUGAAGGAAAAACUGCGAAGCAUCCGCGACAAGAUAACGAAAGGCGGGCGUAAGGAUACGCCAAAGUCGAUCAAGUCCAAGGGCGUCGGCCUAUUGACGUCCACGAAUCUCGAUAGUUUGAAAAAGGUGUGCCACUUCAAGACCGGUCAAGAGGUAGGGUCCGCCGCCACUGAGCCCCAUACGCCGGAACAACCGAGAGGAGGAGCGGAGCGCAGUGAAGUUGACUUUAAAACUCCGGUAGCACCACCGUUCGGCGGAUUUAACGGUGGUGACUCCUCGUCGAAGAUGGUGACAAGAAGUCGCGGAAAACCGGCACCGUCGGCGCUGCAUCAACGGCAUUCUAUUGCGACCGGUACAGCUGGCGCUGCGACCGCCGUGACUCCACUUUUCGCAAACGACGAGGAAAUGCCAAUGGAAACGGCAACAAAUGCAAAGACUAGCGGCGCAACCACGUCCCCAACGGCAAUGGUCUACGGCGGGGCAGUCAGUACCGACGCUGACAUGAUUCCGGUCGUUGACGAGCACGCCGUGCAUUCGAAGCUGGAAGCGAAGAACAAAAACACUCACAUCGUAAAGGCAGACUGGUUUUGGUACACGAUCCAGGCAGGAUACGCGAAUGAGAUCGACUUCCUUUUUGCCGACUAUUUGGAGAGCAUUGCCCAUACACCGGUCGUCGAUCGGCGAGAUUCGCUUCCAGUGAGCUUCAACAAGCGGAAACGUAAACGACUGUCGCAGAGAAUACCGGCGGAAGGCACUCCGCUCAGUGUGGGCAAACGGCGGUCGUCCGUCUCCGAUGCUGGCUUACUGUCGGUUUCAGGUAGCUUUCUUGAUUGCACCAACAGCCCGGACAAGCACGAGGCUAGCAAGCGCAACGUCAUCUCGGAGGCGGGGGAAGCGCCGUUAGAGCAGCAGCCGGCCAAGAAGCAAACGAAGCGCUAUCACUACUUUACGGAUUUUUUCCACACGGAAUCGAACUAUGUUGGCAUCCUGGAGAGCAUCGUGAAGCUCUUUAAGGAACCUUUGGAAGAGAUGGUUGAGAGCGACAAUGCGCUUCUCAACAAAUCAGAGUUAAGGUCCAUUUUUGGCAAUUUCCUUCCCAUCUAUGAAGUGCACAAGGGGAUGCUGGCCCGAUUGCAGGCAAUCCACGGCAACUGGUCAGAAGAGGCAAUGAUCGGACAGAUCGUGCUCGACUAUCGGGAAGAUCUGCUGAAAGCUUACCCACCGUACGUGAACUUUUUCGAGCAGAUGAAGGAAACGCUCGUGCAGUGCGAUACAAGCAACCCACGGUUUCAUGCAUUCCUCAAAAUUAACCAGUCCAAGCCCGAGUGUGGCCGACAAUCCCUACAAGAUCUAAUGAUACGCCCAGUGCAGCGACUACCCAGCAUUAGUUUGUUGUUGAAAGACAUUUUUGAGCAAACUGCCGAAGCGAAUGCCGACAAACAGAAGCUGAAGGACGCACUGACAGCGAUCAGAGAGGUGAUGACGUAUAUCAACGAGGAUAAGCGUAAAACCGAAGGCCAGAUGGCACUGUUCGACAUUUUUAAGCACAUCGACGAGUGUCCGUUCCUUUUGGUAUCAUCGCACCGUAAAUUCGUAUCCCGCUGCGAGGUGACCGCGCUGUCCGACAUUGACAACCUUAUCGACCGUGGCGAUCCCCUGGUGCUGUUUCUGUUCAACGAUACGCUCAUGGUGUGCAAGAAGCGUUCGCGUGCGUUUAACAACGCCAAAUCACCAAACACCAACACACUGAACCUGACGCGGUCCUCUUCCACCGGAACAAAACCGUACAAACACCUCAAGUCCAUGCCGCUGAGCACGGUCCGUCUGGUGGUUAACAUCGUUGACAGCCCGCGUGCCUUCCUGCUCAACUGUCGCGAAAUGGCCCCCAACGCAAAGGAUUGUCACUACUCGUUCAACAUGGCCGACGAAGAACAGGACAAGCUGGUCUACCUGCGGAGCCUGUCGAAGCAGAUGGCGGAGAACGCGUGCCGGCCGGAUGCGGCCCACUUUCUAAUCAACAGCACGGCCGAGGAGGUCGACAUUGAUGUGAGCGACAUCAAUGUAGGAACGCUGGCGAAAGCAUUCAAAUUUGCGUCGAAAACUCGCAUCAGGGUUGGACGUGCUUUUUCGUUCAACAAAACGCCCUCGAAGCUGAAGCGUGCCGUGUCCACAAUGAUGACAUCACCGUUCGGCAGCACUCAGUCCCUAACUCCUGCUUCACAGCUGGCGCAGAUGAAACUGGCAAGCUGUACGAAUUUAAAUGAGGUCGGCGAGGAAGCGGCCGAAUCGAACGGUACAUCACCUUCGGGUGCUUCGACGGCGAACGUGCUAGUAGCGCCGUUGUCCGUGCAACCGACGCGCAAAAAUAAGAACCCUCCGGUAUCGAUUGUAACCCUGCGGCACCUUUAGAAUAAGCGUGAGACGGAAGGGCUCUUUUCAAACUAAUUACAAACAAACAAACUAAUUUAAUCAUGGCGUGUAUUUCCGCUUCUGUACCGGUUCCCCUAACGGACCACAUUUGCCCGCCGGCUCAGAGCGUGAAUGUUUAAUUUCGCGUUUCAAUGUCCUCGUUAGUACCUUCGGUGCGUAGUUGACGCAUGGUUUUGUGUAAAUAUUCCACCUAAGGAAACGAAAGGAGCUUGUACAGAGCAAGAUUGGCAGAGCGUUUGGUACGCGAUAAUAAUGCAGUUAAGGUGGACAGCGAUUUGAUUUUCCGUUGUGAAAGAUAGAACGUCAGGCUUUAAUUGGUUGGAAGCAGUUUGUAGAGGUCCUAUUUUGGGUUACAAAGUGCAGUGAGACAUUAAGUCAUAGAGAGAUCAUCAGCGUAAUUUGUCGUAAUGUUCUUAUUUACUUAACAUCCAACGAUGCUAUAGCAUUUAGAUUUGAAAUCAUUUCUAUUUCUAUCCCGGAACGAGCAAUGUCCGUGUUCUGCUGUGUACCGUCCGCCAACCAUAUCCCUCGGUAGAGCCGAGAGUUAUGCGUUGGCCCUUAUUAGGCUGCAGCACCGAUCUGCAGUGUGGCAAAGGGCGUUCGAUUCCUUUACCAUUUUUAGCAUUCACAGCAAACAAGAAGGCUCUAGAGCAACGGAAAGGGGUUAAUUUGAUUCGCAAAUGGUCAGUUGUGUAAAUUUCUUAACGUGCCCGAGUG